UGAUUGUACCAUGUUCAUUGUUGUUAAGUUUGUAAACUUCAGUAAUCAGUUCAGUGCAUUCAGUGGUGUAACUUGUAUGCAUGUUGAAUUAUUGUCUGUUCAUGUUCAGGAAGUGUUCAGCUUAAUGUUGUAAAUUAACGAGAUUGUUUACUACUUUUUAAAAAUAAAAAAGUCGAAGUAAAGUCAUAUUUCGUAAGCGUUUCCCUAUAACACUAUUACUACUUAUUUAUUAGUAGUUUUCCUGUUUGUUAUCAGUUAAUGUUGUACUAUUAAACACGGCUCCUACACAAUGGUUUUAAUCAAUACAGUUUAGAGAUUUAUUCAUCACUUUUGAAAAAAGCAAGCUGCUUUUCUGAAAAUGAAUCUAAAAGAAUGGCAUAAAUUAUUUCCUAACAGAGAAGCUUUUAUUGUGUUCUCCUUGUACAUAAUAUUAUUUGUUUUUCAAGGUGUCUUUAUAACAGCAUCAAAAACUGAAACUGGUCUUUAUGAUUACAAUACAACUCUUGUUGUAUUCUUAUCUGAAUUAUUAAAACUAAUUAUAUCUGCUGUACUUUAUACAUACAAACAGGAGAAUAAACCAAAUAUAUUCUCUGCAAUUGUGAUAAACUACAAUCUUUUGCUAUUGUAUUUCAUACCAUCAUUGCUAUAUUGUUUCUACAACAACUUGGCUUUCAUUAAUUUAUCACAUUAUGACCCAACAUCAUACUAUAUUCUUUUACAAUUCCGCGUUGUAAUUACAGCAUUUAUAUUUCAGUUCUUGUUCAAGAGGAAACUUGCCACAAUCCAAUGGAUAUCUCUUGGAAUUUUGACAAUGGGUUGUAUGAUAAAAAACUUUGAUGCAGCAACUAUCAUUUCAAAAGGUGACACAGAUGUCUGGGGACAAAUAUUUAAUAUUUACUUUUUGUCUAUCAAUUUUCAAAACUUUUGUUCCUGUUUAGCAGGUACUUACAAUGAAUAUUUAUUAAAAACCAAAGGGUCGAAUGUUGAUAUAUUUUUGCAAAAUGUUUUCAUGUACCUGGAUUCUAUUAUCUGUAAUUUCUUUAUGUUAAUGUUUAAAGGUGAAUUAGUUACAAUUUUCCAAGACUUCAGACAAAUAGGAGAUACCUUUGUCAUCCUCAUAACUGUUAACAGUGCUAUUGUGGGUAUAGUUACUAGUUUUUUCUUAAAAAAUUUAAACUCCAUAUUAAAAACAUAUGCAAGUGCAUUGGAGUUAAUAAUUACCGCAGUGGUGUGCUAUAUUUUAUUUAAUAUAGUUAUAACAUUGUUUACAAUUAUUUCUAUUUGUCUUGUUGUUAUUGCUGUUGCUAUGUACUUCAAAAACCCAGUUAACAAUGUCCUUCCCACAACAGUUCAUGAUAUAAAGGAUAGAAAGUCAUUACUAGAUGAAAUUGUUGAUUGAAUCUUGUGUUGAUGCAAAAAAAAAAUCAUUUAUUUUUUUGUUAUUUUCUCAAUUAUAAAUUAUUUAUUGUAUGUCUCUAUUAUAAAUUAGAAUUUAUAUUUAGUCUACAUUAAUUUGAGAAAAUUAAGUAUUAAUAUUUGACAAUAAGUUAUUUACAAUGCACAGUUUAAAUUUUAAGACAUAGUAACCUACAGCAGUAGUGAAGACAGUUUUUACCAUUACAAAGAUUUACAUGAAAAUAAGUUUUUAUUGUUAUGUUCUUUAAGUCACUCACAGCAGGAAUCUGUUUGACAAUAAAUUGAUUUUGCAAAUUUUCUCAAGUUACCAAAAUUUACUCAUUUAAUAUACUCUUUAUUUUGGCAAAAUAGGUUUUACAAUUUAAUGUUAUUAUAUUAGGUAGAUUUUAAAAGAACUUCUAUUUGAAGAAUAUCAAGAAUAUAAUGUAUACUUUGUUUAUUUAUUUUUGAUAAUGUUGUUCAUUUUUAUAGUCAAAGGAUAGUAUUUUCUUUGAGUAACGCGAGUGUUACGCAUUUAAAUAAAACGCUUUUAAAGGAUUAAAACGCAUGUAAUUGGAAUGGUUUUACAUUAGAUGUUUGCGCAAAAGUUACAUUUUUAUUUUAGGUAACCCAAAGUUUCAAGUCCUUUCCAGAUCUUGUUUUCAGGGGUACAGAUAAAAAUGUAACUUUUACGCAAACAUCUAAUGUAAAACUGUUACAAUUACAUCCGUUUUAAUCCUUAAAAAGUGUUUUAUUUUUAUAGUCAAAGGAUGUACUUAGCUAGUUUUUUUAACCUUAACAACUUCUCUUGAAUUAAUAAUUAAAUUACUAAAAAUAGUAGUAAAUAUUGGGAAGUAAAUUAAGUGUUAAUUUUCAUAGUAACAUAUUGAGUCAUGAUAAAAUAUGCCCCAAUUUUACAACUGACAACAAUAAUUAAACAGCAACUUAACAUAUUUUAUUAAAAUAUUAGCAUUAAUAUUAAGAUAGGUACAACAGUUUUUCUUACAUUAGAAAAAACGAAAUAAAUGUACUCAAACUAUUAUAUGCCAAUGUCAACUGAUAAGAUGUUAAAAUAGUAAUAACUUUGUUAUAAGCAAGUUACAUGCUUCUUUUGUUUAAAAUGGAUUAUUUUUUGCAAUCAAAUAUUCAAUAUAUUCUAAGCAUUCUCGGAUUGAAUGCAUAUUAUUGAGGUGGGGCUAAUAUUGCUACAUUAAAGUGAACUUAGUAAGUAAUGACUACUGCGAUAAUGUAUGAGUCUUCUGUAGAUUUAUUCUUAUAAUAGGUACUCUGGUAUGUCUCCUGAAAGAACCGGAAUAUAUGUUGGUUUUGUCGACAAUUAUUUUAUAGAGCUGAACGGUUGGUUCAGUGGUAAGAGCGCUAGAACGCGAGAGGUCGCGGGUUCGAGUCCCGCAUCGUUCAUAAAUUUUGUUUUCAAAAUUUAAUUUGUGUAAUUAGUUUAUUGUUGCCUUAGUGUGUGCUACUAAGUUAUUUCAAGUACCUAUUUCUGUAAAUGUAAGUAACAACCAAAUUAAGUGUACUCCACACUCUAAGGGGCCAGCAUCAGGCAGGACAUAAUCUCAUCACAACCCUUACUUAUUUAAUUAUUUCACCAAUAAAGUAUACACUAAUUCAUGCAAAAAAAUAUAUAGAAAAAUAUACAAGUUGAGUGCUACCUCAAUUAUAGGCGCAAAUAACAUUCUUAUAUAAAAAGCAAAUACAUAAGUACAUUAAAACGUAAAAAUUCUAUGUUUUAAAAAUUAAAUCACGAUUGUCAUAAAUUUAAAAUUAAAUCACAAUUAAAUUGAAUUAAAUUAAAUCACAGUUCAUACAUAAUUAAAUUAUUAAUGUUAUAGUAAUAAUAUAAUAAUUAAAUGAUUCUACAGUUUUUACUUAUUACAGGUUAAAAAAAAUAGCAACAAAAUUAUGUCAGUACAUUAAUUACAGCAAAUUAUAAUUCAUAUUAAUACAACAAACAAACAGAUACAGAACUUAUAAAUGGAGAAACUGCCCUCUUAGCUCAAACAAACGCAAAAUAUAAAUGUGUUGUUUAUUUAAAAAAAUAUCAAUUUCAAAUGGGAUAGGACUGUCAUUGAAUCUCUUUAACCAAAGUCAAGUAUAGUCUAUAAGAUAGGUAGGUAUUUAAUUAGACUAAUUAUCGUAUUUUUCAAUUUGAUUAGUGAAGAUGCAGGUGAUAGUUCAAAUGUGUGUUACUAGUAGUUUUAAGAUUGUUUAGUUGUUGCGCUCAAUAUUUUACAGUCUUCUUCGCGUGCAUCUCCGACUAGCGAAGUUGGGCAGUCGGCUUUGUAAUUUUAACUUUUUGUUCUUCGCGAGGCGAAAUAGUUCUGCCGCACUCGCGAUUCCUGUUCACUCUCGGAUGUUGCGCAGCCAAGACUUUUUUCUGCGACCUACGCCUCUUCUUUCGACAAUUUUUCCCAUCAUGAUAAGUUGUAGAAGUUUGUACCUCUCGUGCUAAACCACGUGCCCCAAAUAUGCGACUUUCCUCAUAUUGAUGUUGUAUGAGUUCGCGUUUUUUAUUGACGCGGCGCAGAACUUCUACAUUCGUGAUCUUGUAAGUCCAAUUAAUGGCCAACAUACGUCUUUUCAAAAGCUUCUAUACGUUUCCUGUGGUCUUCUUCAAUAGUCCACGCCUCACAACCGUAUAGAAUUAUUUACAGUGGAAUAUACCUAUGCGUCACCACAAUAUUUUUAUUUUUGUAAGACUUCUUUACUUGCAACCUCCAUAAUAUUCACAGCUUUACUUGUUUGUUGAAGUGCGAUUUCUCCGGCUCUUGUAUGUUGGUAUUUAGCUUCUAAUUACAAUCUUAUAGACAUUCAUUCAUUCACAAUCAUCAUAAAAUUACUCCUGCACACAUUUAUACCUGUUUUCGAUAUCCUUUGCCUUUUUGCAACCAAAUUCAAUUUUCCCAUCGAAACACUGACAAAAGAGACGUGUCCGUUCAGGAAGUGGCUACACACACCAAUAAGAACACACUUCCUAAGUCCCUAUCAUUCUAGUAAGCUAACCAAGUACGAUCCACAUAUGUUUAGUCUUAUCACUAACCACCUGCAUUCGCACCUAUUAAAGUGGAAAUUAGAUAUUACGUAUAACAGCUAAAAUGGCCAGAAAGCUGUAGGUAUGUGUGUGUGUACAUUUAUGUAUAUGUGUUUGUAGAUACUUGUCUUUGUACCUCCUUGGUUACUUAUUUAAAAUUUCAAAUAUAUUUUUGUUUUUAUGUUCUGAGUGCAGAAACACGUAUUUCCACGCGAGGUGUGUUUAGUAACAUUAGAAGGCACAGGAGCGGGCUAACACGCUGUUUGUAGGUAACAGAGGGGUGCUGAAAAAUAUUUCGAUUGAUAACUUGAUAUUUAAAAACAUAAUACUUAUUUGAGAUUCAUUGUUAAAUAGUGUUUAUGAAGGUAAGUUUUCUCGAGUCGUUUAGCGAAUUCACUCAUAUAACGGUGUGCUUUUAAAUAUAAAUAUCUUAUUUGGUAUCUUAUAACUAUAGGCACAAUAAUUGAAACGAUUGUAAAAUUUCAGGAAAUAAUAAAAUUAAACAAAUAGUUAAA